AUGUUAUAUAGACUACUCUGUUACAAGAGGAGGAGCGAGUUAUCACUCACUGACCUCAGUAAUAGGUCAACGUGCCUAUUUAACGUAUAUCCACUUACAUUGAAGCUUAGAGCUUUUACCAUUCUGACAAUAUCCUGUAAACCUACAGGUAUAUUCCCUAUACUUGAGGUUACAACAAAAAAGGAUGAGUUUGAUUAUUACUAUGAAAUAAAACGAAAAAACCAAGACAUUACAAAGUUCUAUUGUGACUUGAAUACAGCCAAAAUUGAUUUUAAUCUAUAUAAAAUUGAAGAUCUUCAUAUUUGGAUUAAAUACUUUAAACAAUUCUUAAAAAGAUGGAAGUUUACUGAUAUUACGUUACCAAUCCAAGAUAUAGAAUUAUCAAUAGAAGAAGACUAUAUCAUUAAAGAGGCAAUCUAUACAAGCAUUGACAAUCAUUUAAAGAAAUUUGUAGAUAAUGAAAAAACUGCUAUAGGCAUAUAUGAUAUGUUGAAAACGAGGUACAAGUAUACUUACACACCUUCAGUCAAAAAUCAUAUGUGGAAAAGCAUUCUUAUCGAUGCUUUCUGCUCAGAUAUUAACAGUUUGGAUAAUGAUCUGAACUCACUUGUGGCAAUUGAAAAUUACACUCUAGAUAAUGGUAAGUCUCCCACUGUAGACAAUGAAUUCAUCAAUAGAAAAAUUAAAAAAUGUUUACACAAUUCCCUAGAUGGACCAGUAGAAUUACUUAUUAAUGCUGACAGUUUGACUGUAAAGAAUAUUGAUAUCAGUCCAAUUAAAUACAUUGAAUAUAUAUGUAACACUAUUCGAUGCAUUCGAGAUAGGAAUGACAUAUACAACAUAGAAAUUAAACUAUGUAAUAACUGUCAAUCUGCUUUUCAUAGUGUUAGAAACUGCAAAUUUGGAUCCUACCUUAGGCAACCUGAAACAAGAUCAUAUGAUAAUAGAUCAAAGGAGUCAGGAAAAACUACCUGA